CAUUUGCCGACCAAAUCCCUCGAUCGCCGGUGGUCGCGAUCGGUUCGGUUCGGUUCGUCGGCGCCACGCUUGGAGAACGCCGAUCGCGUUUUCGCCUUUUACCAGCGACGGCGCAUGCGCGCGGCGCCGCUCGGCUCAAAGGCAUUAAAGCGUACGUCGCCACCUGCACCUCGGCUCUCCGCGCGGACGCCGCGGACGGUCAGUUACGCGCCGAGCGUCGUCGUGGAAGGGUGACGUUUUCUUUCUUCUUCUUCUUCUUCUUCUUCUUCCGUCGUUCGCGCUCACUUGGCGCCAAAUCGGAGCAAAAGCGGAGCGCGUGUCUCACAAGUUGUAACACCGCCCGGCUGACUCGACUCGGUCGAUCGGCGCGGAUGAGCGCGGAGUUGGCGUAUAUACAUAUUAAAGCAAGUGCGAAAAGAGAACGCGUCGUCAUGGGUACCAUGUGUUGUGCCCCGCGGGUGUAGAGUGCGGAUUUGCGCGCGGUCGGGCGAGGGGGAUAAAGGAAAGGGGGCUGGAGAAGCGGACGUGCCGUGGAGGGACCGAGGAUACGGACUACGGAGUACCGCGUGGGCUAAACCGCGACCCGCCGAGUCGAAGUCACGUCGUGGAGGUGCGCGAGGGAGAUACGGAGCCGGAGGGACGGGGAAAGGUAGAGGCGCUCACGGAGAGACGAUAAUGCGGAGCCGUUGCUUCCGUCUUCAGCGACAGGACGACGUUCGGAUCUGCUCGUAAUCGAGCGGGAAGAUCUAACGGUCAGAAAUGACGCGCAGAAGAACGUUUAUCUUCGUAUUGGGAGUAUGUACAGGCACCUUACUACUACUCUUUAACAAUGCAGUGGCGGAAGUUACGGAAGCAUCGAUCGCAUCCGAGAAAUUUGAGUCCCAAAAACUAUCGACUCCCCAUGGAUCUACGACGAUUCUAACCAGAGUCUCUUCGAGCCAUCAAAAUGGAUCAUUUGCCGAAAACAAUGGAAGAGAUAUCGAGUUGACGAAUCGAAAAACUCACGACACAGAAGAUGGAUCGCACGACAGUGUCAUCAACGGCGCAAAUCAGGAUGGAGAAAAAGUCGAUGUGUCAACACACGCGAAUUCGCAGGCGGAAAAAUCAAGCAAUGAUUUCGAAAGUUCAUCGUCGGAUGGAAACAGGAAGCCGCGGUACGGAGAGAUCGUUGAAAGCACCGGGAAAAGCACCAGCACGAAAGUCGUCUCCGAAGAUCUCCUCAGACUCUCCAGGAAGAACGAACUAACUGCGGCGACCGCGAAACUGUCUUUCAACGAUUCGAAACAGGACAGUAAGAACCCAGAUGAUGACACGCUUCAAGAAUCUUCCAAUCGUGAAAAAAUAUCCAAUGCGACCAAGUUCGUGUCGCCAAAUACGAAGGAAAAAGUUGUCAACGAGAAGUUAAUUGCGAACGUUAUGGAAACCUCGGAAUCUAAAGAGGCGGGAAAGGAGCACUCCGUUAAAUAUGAAGAGGAAAAUAAUGUAGCUGCGAAUAAACAAGAGAUACCGACCGUCAGGUCUAUCUUUUCGACGACUCCGAAAUCGACGUCGGAAGACACCGUCAGAUCCGACGAAAAGAAGGACAAAAUUAUAAAGCUCGAGCAUAAGGAAGUUGUUUCGAGAAAGGACAAGAAUACAGUUUUGACUGACUUGAAAGAAGAACUGGAAGAUCACACGACGGAGGCUCGUGAUCGGGAAUUAACCACAGCGCACAGUGAAAAUUCCUUGGGAUUUAAGAAGAGCGCGAAUGUAGGAACGACGGCGUCUGAAGCAUUCGAUCUAGAGAAGAUCGACGAAAAGGGACACGAAGGAACCGUCUCGUUAGUUAACGACACUUACGUGAACUACAAUCACUUUUAUAAGACUGUGACGGGGAAGGAUCCCAAAACUAGCACGGGGAAUCGUUCGAUUGACGCGAGCGAAUCGCGCGAGAAAGGCGACCCGAAAGAAGAGGUGGAGAUCGUUAAGAACGUAACUCACCUGCCGGUACAGAGGAUCGUGACUAUCACGAACGAUACAGCGAAGAACGAUUCUCACGUUAGUGAACUGAGUAAUCAAGAAGGAACCGCUUACGCGAAGAAAGAGGGGACUAGCGCGACAGAUGAAAAUCAUCGUGAGCAAAGCGUAGAUUCCUCCAUUUCCAAUGCAACCGCUAAGAGUACAGAUGGUGUGGAAGAAUGGAGAUCAAUAGGGGAGCCUGAGAGCCAGGUGAAGUUGCCCGAGACAAUGACUCAGAGCGCGCGACUCGAAGAGCGUACCUCGUCCACUCCUGAAACCACUCCUAGUCCAGUUCCGCAAGGCAGAACUAUCGGAUUUUCCGGAGUCAAUAAGUUUCCGAAUAUUGAAGUGAAAUCUACAGCCUCGACGAAAAGGACCGUCGACGAGGGAUCGUCGGUCACUCAAAGCCUGCGAAACAGCACGGCAAAAAUAGAUCAAAGACCUUAUCCGUACCUAAAAUCCAACAGGGAGUCGUUUCAGGCAAUAACGGAGGCUAGUUCAAAACUGAAAAAGGAAGGUGGUGACGUUACGGAGGAAACUUCCGCUUACGAGAACACGAUCGGGAGAGGGGAGUCCGAGAAGAAGCUCGUUGUCACGGAACCUUCGGUCGUGAUCGAGAACAGCAUCCAACAGCAUAAGUCGAAUAAGAAAAAUGUAAACGAGUCCACGAAUUCCACGACAAAGAGUCUCUUCUCUUCGACGCCGGUGACGGCGAUUCCGAUUGUCUCGGCCGAUGUUGGAUCAACGAACGAAACUUUGUCGGAAGGAUUUAACAGCAGCGCGAAGGUGACGGAUAUGAAACGCUCGAAGUCGAACGAGAAUGACACGUCGGGUACGAAAGAAGUGGAGAAAGUGAUUACAGGCAAAGACGAAGGUUACGACGUGACUGGAAACGGAAUAACGGAAGUGAGCCUGAUGCCGGAUGGCAAGGAAGCGAAAUCACAUUCCGGCGAAGCGACGGAAUCGUCAACGUUGCACUCCACGGAAACGAAUACGUCUAAAACAGUGUCUCUGAAUACCGACGUUCAGAUGGAACCGGAAGAAGCUAUGAUGAUCCGCUCGACUUUCGUCGUUACCGAAUCGACGAGCAUGGUUCCCUUGGACAACGACACGACGACGGAAGCGAACAAGUCCAAAACUUCGACGACUUCGACGUCGGUGGCGGAGAUCAAUACGAUCGCUGCGACGGUUCUCGAAAAUUCCACGGAAUUGGCGCCGAGGACAAACGUCACGCUGCGAUCUUCAUCGAAUGUUAAUCAAACCACCGAAUCUCCCUCUGUCACGUUAAAUCCCGACGAAUCCUCAAUCCCGACGACCACGUCCGUCGAGUUCGAGUUCGUCAGUCUCACGGAGGCGAUAUCUUCGGGAAUUAACGCGACCGAGAGGAGCGUCGAAGGACGAACCUUCGAGGAGCAAACAACGCUUUCGAGGGCGACGACGAUUCAAGAUCCGUCCGUGACGAGCAAUUCGACGGAGGACGCGGUCACUACGAUGAAACCGGAAAAAUCCACCGAACUUCCGGUGACGACCGAAGGCGGAACUCCGACGACGGAUCAAGUGUCGGGUGUGCAUCACGCGGACAACGAAACUAUUAGAGAUCCUCAAGAUACUCCGACCACUUCUGAGAGCCAAAGUAAUCGCACGGAGUUCACGAGGAGCGAAGUUACUGUAAGCGUUAUCGAUCUCACCAGCGUCACCGCCGCUGAUGCCACGGCAGCCUCCGGCGUUACGGAGGAUCCUCUAAAGUCUAUAAAGGAUUCAAGUUUCAAUGCGAACAUCACCGAGACGUCUGCUCCAGGCGCGACGGAACUUUCGCCGAACAUAGGCGUCGCAACAACGACGAACGUCACAAAGAGCCCUUCGGCUACGAGUACUUUGGAGCCGAUAGCACCCUGGAACACAGCGGGUUUCACGGAAUCGCCUGAGGAGGAAGUAACGGAAAGUAUUCAGACUCUGUCAUCGGAUGAAAUCACGUUGCUAGUUAAAAUAAUCAUCGAGGGCACCUUACACGAAGUCUGUCCUCGGCUGGAGGAUCUAAAGAAAGCGCUCGCGGACGUCCUCAGAGACGGACUGGACAAGCCUGUGGAGUCGAGACAAAUUAUCAUCCGUCAGAAUCCUUGUCGCGAGCAGAACUCAUCGCCGACACCCACAGAGGUUUCCUUAAUCCCGAUCCUGAUUUACGUUGUCGACGAGGACAACAAGUUCGACGCCGCCAUGACGAAGAUUCUACCAAGUUUAUACAAGGUGUCUCUCAACUUCCCAGUGAGAAUACACAAGUUUCUUCUGGUAUCGGAAGCGGAUUCCGGUAACGCCAUAGCGGUCGUCGUAGUCUCCUCCGUAGCCUUCAUUUGCCUGGUUCUUUUAGCCGGCCUUCUGUUCAUAAUGAGAAAGAGGCAAACGAGGUUCAAUUACGGUGAACGGUGCCGGCCGGUAUCCUUGGACGCCUACAGCCUCGACAGCGUUUCGGCGUACAAUAGCGUAAGGCGCAAAGGUGCGGCAAGAUCCUCCAAGAGAAGUUACGGCAAUCCGACUUUCGAAGAUUCGGUAAGUUCGAGAAGAUUAAUCGUAGAAGCCUUCAAGACUUCAAUUUCUCAGGGGCCUAAGAACGCCACAAAGUACUAUAUCGCGUGCCAAGCGCCAAUCGAGUCGACCGUUACCGACUUUUGGCGAAUGAUCUGGGAGCAACAGUGCAAGGUGAUUAUCAUGCUGACCGAUCUCGUCGAGAACGAAGUGGAGAAGUGUACAGAAUACAUUCCACCUUCGGAGGUAACGGACUGUCAUCGGCUUUACGGUGACUUCCAAGUCACCCUGAAAAAGCGGGAAGCCAAGGAGAAAUACGCUAUCUCUACACUUCAUCUGAAGAACCUGGAGAACAAUACGUUCCGAGAGGUAUUCCACAUCUGGUACCUAUGGCCGGUGAGUGGCGUCCAAUCAGACGGUACAGGCCUAAUAGCGGUGCUCCUUGAGGCGAGAGCACUCCAGCGAGGUGGCCCUGGGCCCAUCGUGGUCCAUUGUAGUCCUGGCACAGGCCGCACUGGCACGUUAAUAGCCCUCGACCUAGGAAUUAGACAAUAUGAAAUUACGAGGACCGUGGAUGUGCCGAGGGUCGUUUACACCAUCAGGAGAGACCGGGCUGGCGCAGUUCAGACCAAGGAGCAAUAUGCUUUCAUAUACAAGGCACUAAACUUGUACGCGACAAAACUCGCCGGCGGCGUAUUAGAGUCAACGUGAAGCAGAAGUUCUGCGAAGAUCUGCAAAAAUGGACGUCAAUUGACGAGGGUCGGUUGUUUGGUUAGCGAAUAGUGUGUGCAUGCGAAAAUGAAAGGAUCUUUAUCCAAAAAAGGUUUUCGCACGGACAGAUAGCUGUGCAGGUUGCUGGCUGAAGAAAAUCAACUACGAAGAUGCCAAAUGUCGUCUGAUUUAAGGACAGAGGUAUUCUAAUAUUACUCUUUAGAAAAAGAAAACACAGAACUUUGUCGAAGUUAUAGACAAAAUGGUGAUCACGAAAUAAAUACAAAACAGGGUGUAUGUGUAUUUUGUUAGAACGCUGAAUGUUACGUAAUGAUACGUCGAUCGGAUUGUGAAGAUUGUUGGAAGAAUUAAACGUUAUAUAUGCCUAAGG